AUGGAACGCGUUGUCGCAAAUCCAAGUCCUUCAGAAUAUACUGCACAGCACUGGAUCGACGAGGCGCAGGCAGGCAUCAGAGCCCGCCGUGACCACAUGCGCGGAGGGGACAAGAGAGCCCGCAACGUGGUCAUGUUCCUCGGCGACGGCAUGUCGGUGCCAACGCUAGCAGCGGCGCGCACCCUCUUAGGACAACGUACAAAUCGACCCGCGACGGCUUACUUAUGUGGCGUAAAGGCUAAUCGUGGCACAAUAGGCUUAUCGGCCGCUGUGCCACGGUACAAUUGUUCAGCGUCUCUCGACAACUCCGCGCGACUUGAUUCCAUAGCUGCAUGGGCUCUAGCCGAUGGGCGUGAUGCAGGUGUCGUUACAACAACACGUAUCACACACGCUUCGCCUGCUGGAGCAUUUGCUAAAGUAGCGAAUCGUCAUUGGGAAAACGAUGCAGAAGUAAAAGCAAAUAAUGAAGAUCCUAAUAUAUGUCCUGACAUAGCCUAUCAGUUAGUUCAUUCUGACCCUGGAAAACAGUUUAAGUAUCACUUAGAAUCUGAUACCCGCACUGAGCCCACACUCGCAGAGCUCACGGAAGUUGCAAUUCGUUCAUUAAGCCGCAACGAGAAGGGAUUUUUCCUUUUUGUGGAGGGAGGUCGCAUUGACCAUGCUCACCACGAUAACCAAGUGGAGUUGGCGUUGGACGAGACGAUAGAGUUCAGCGCCGCUGUCGCCCGUGCCACUGAACUCUUGUCGGACGAUGACUCGCUGAUCGUGGUGACUGCUGACCAUGCCCACGUCAUGACCUUUAACGGUUACACGCGGCGGGGCGGUGACAUCCUCGGCCCAUCAGACGACCGCGAUGAGUCCGGCGUUCCCUAUAUGACGCUCUCCUACAGCAACGGUCCCGGAUUCCGGCCGCACGUCAAUAAUACACGUGUCGACGUAACUCGCGAAUCUAAUUACAGGCAAUUGGAGUGGAUGAGCCACGUGGAUGUUCCCCUGGAGUCCGAGACUCACGGUGGCGACGACGUGGCGGUGUUCGCGAGUGGACCACAUCACCAAAUGUUUUCGGGAUUGUACGAGCAGAGCCAGUUGCCUCAUCUCAUGGCAUACGCUGCUUGUAUAGGCCCAGGGCAGCAUGCCUGCAAUGUGGCAGUGCAUCACGUCUUAGCCAAGCCACUUAUGGUUGCUUUUACUCUCUUCUAUUUUUUAAAGCUAUUCAGGGUAUCAGUUUUACAG